CGAAUCCUUCUAGGUACAUUGCUCUUUGUUUCUCCACUUCAAAGUUUUACGAUUAGAGUAUUAAACAACGAAAAUAAAAUUUGAAAGCUCCUUUUCUAUGUUUACAGAUGGUAAAGGUAAAAUCAACCAAGCUAGGAUUGAGUAUUACAGUAGCUUUAUCAAUGCUCUUCUUCGAAAUGUUGUUCAACCAUUCAUUACAUUAUUUCAUUUCGACCUUCCAAAUGCACUUCAAGACUCCUAUGGUGGAUGGAUCAGUCCAGAGAUAGUGCUGGAUCUAGAUUCCAAAGCUACAAAUGACUCAAAAAUUGUAAGGAACAUGUGGCAGAGGCACGUACAGAAACAUGAAGAAGUGCUUCAAAUGUUAGAUCAAGCAAUCUUUGUUGAUCCAAAGAAUCCUCUACCCACUUACCAGAAAGCAAAUGUAUAAGUAAGCAAUGGAAGAUACAAAGAUGCCCUUAAGGAGUUGGAGCAAUAUUCCCUUAAGGAGAUAGAGCUCACAACCCAAGAAAGUGUGUAUUCGUUGAUUGGUAAAAUAUACAAAUGGUUAAAUAUGCCUGAACAAGCAAUGUGCUAUUUCGGUCUUGCUUUGGAAUUAAAGUCAUCAA